AUGAUGCUCAACUCAGACACCAUGGAGCUGGACCUGCCGCUCACCCACUCUGAGACCGAGUCCGGCUUCAGCGACUGCGGGGGCGGGGCGGGCCCUGACGGGGCGGGGCCCGGGGGGCCGAGGGGCGGCCCGGCCCGGGGCCUGGAACCUGCAGAGCCGGGCCGGAAAGACCUGCAGCACUUGAGCCGCGAGGAGCGUCGGCGCCGGCGGCGCGCCACAGCCAAGUACCGCACGGCCCAUGCCACGCGGGAGCGGAUCCGUGUGGAAGCCUUCAACUUGGCCUUCGCCGAGCUGCGCAAGCUGCUGCCCACGCUGCCCCCCGACAAGAAGCUUUCCAAGAUUGAGAUCCUGCGUCUGGCCAUCUGCUACAUCUCCUACCUGAACCACGUGCUGGACGUGUGA